AUGCUGAAAUCAAAUACUACUAUUAGACAAAGACUGCAACUGAAACAGCAACAAGUUAAUGAAUAUUCUUCUUUAAAUUCGGAGACUCCUUUACAAAAACGAUUACAUUAUUAUCAUGAAUUAGAUGAAUGGCAACAAGAUAAUCAUUUUAUUAGAUCAGGAUAUGUUAAACAAACAGAUUCUUAUAAAGAAUGUUUAAAUUCAUUAACUUAUUUACAUAAUGAAUCAGUUAAUAUUUAUUCCCAUUUAUUACCUUCUAGUAUUUCAUUUUGGGCUGUUUUAUUUUAUAUCAAUUAUAUUUUACCUCAAUAUUCUAAUUAUUUAGGAACUUGGGAAAAGUUAAAUUUCCUUCAAUUUGGUGCUGCUGCUACAUUUUGUAUGUUUAUGUCUUCAACUUUUCAUUGUCUAAAAUCACAUUCUCAUAAAGUUUGUAAAUUUGGAAAUCAAUUAGAUUAUUUCGGAAUCAUUAUUCUUAUCACAUGUUCUUUAAAUUCAAUUGUAUUUUUUGCUUAUUAUGAUUAUCCUAUUCUUCGAAAUGUCUUUGUUGGUUUAUCUGUAUUUUUUGGAUCGAUUUGUACGAUAUUGACUUUAGAUCCGAAAUUUGCUUCAGUGGAUUAUCGUCCAUUUAGAUCAUUUAUGUUUAUUCUUUUUGGAUUAUCAGGAGUAUUGCCAAUAAGUACUGGGAUUUAUUUAUUUGGCGUGGAGACAACUAAUGAAAGAUGUGGAUUUUAUUGGGUACUUGCCGAAGGAAUUGGUUAUAUAUUUGGUGCUGUUUUAUAUGCUGCAAGAAUUCCAGAACGAUUCACUUAUAAACAUCAAGAAGAUCAUGAAUUAGAAACAAAUCCACACAGUGGUAUGUUUGAUAUUUUUGGACAUUCUCAUCAAAUUUUCCAUGUAAUGGUUGUUUUAUCUGCUUUUUGUCAUUGGAAAGCAUUAGUUCAAACUUAUCAUUAUUUGCAUUUGCAAAUAUUACCAAGCAUGUAA